UACGAAUCUAAUAUUAAGAAACUUAUACAUAGAGAUAUUGAACGGCAGAGAAGAAAAGAAAUGGCUAAUCGUUAUGCUUCUCUUCGAUCACUUGUUCCUCCUGAACAUCUGAAGGGCAAGAAGUCGUUAUCAGAUCUUAUAGAAGUGGCUGUAAAUUACAUAAUAGAUACCAAAAAGAAUAUCAAGAAACUAGGUUUGCAAAGAGACAAGCUAAAGAUGUUGUCUAAUUCAGGCACUCUCAGUGCCAAUGUCGGCAGUUCCUCUAGUUAUUCACCUGAUUUAGUCACAGUGAACCCUUUCUCCGAUGGUGUGGAAAUUCUAAUCAGCAGCUUCAAAGAGGAAGGGUUCCCCCUCUCCAACGUGCUUGUAGAAUUACUAGAGAGAGGGCUUAUUGUUGUUAGUUGUUCUUCUGUGAAAGAGAAUGAAAGUUCACUCCAUAUAAUUCAGUGUGAGGCCAGUGGUCUCAAAUGCAAUGUUCUUGCUACGCUGCAAAAAAGACUGACAGAUGUGAUUAACCUAGGUUGCAAGACCUCUUAGGUAAGUGUGAGCAGAACGCGAACUUUGGAGACAUAUUUGUGUCAUUCUGUGUACUUAAAAUUUCUAGUACGUAAAUGGAUAUAAUUUAAUGGAUGUCCACGUACUUUGACAAUUUCGAGUGUGCUCAUGUAAAAUCAAUUGAACCUUCUGUAGUGUCCAAGGUUUUAUUUUCUAUCUGCUCAUCGGUUCAUGCUCCCCCCAACGAGGGCAGAUUUCUCCGUAGAUAAAUUUGUUAUGAUCUGAAAUGAAAGUGUUGUUUGAUUUGAUUAAA